UUUAGGGCCUAGACCCUUCCUCAGAAAUGUCCUGGGAUGAGAGUAAGCAAGUGAGACGGGUGAAUCACUGAAGCAUUGACAAUGAGGUCUCUCUAUGUCUGCCUUUCUGCAGUCCUCCUGUCGGUGUCGGUGCGGUGUCACACGGAUUCUGCGAAUGGUUGGUCAAUGACAGUUGCGAAUGAUGUGAGGGCUGACGAAGGAAGAACCGCUGUCUUACCCUGCAAUUUCACGCACCCAGACACAAAUCUCACACUCACUGGUUUCGUGAUAUGGAAAAAGGCACAAACAAAUGUUAUCUUUAACUGUACAUAUUUUGGCCCAGGCCAUUCUCAGGGUGAGCAGUGUGAGAAUAUGAUAAAGCACGAUGGUGGAAUGAGAGUCAGAUUUGUGGGGAACAUCAGCAACAAUGAUGUCUCAAUAAUGCUGGAGGGGCUGAGCCAGAAGGAUGUUGGUCUCUACUGGUGUCACGUGGAACUCAAUAUCGGCAGUUUCCACACAACAUCUGGAACAUAUCUGGAAGUGAACGCUGGCCAGGGAGAACUUCCAGUGGUGACUGGGUCAGAGGGAGAUUCAGUUACUUUACCCUGUAUCUUCAGGACCAUGGACGGCCUCACACUCAGGAGCAUUACCUGGAUGAGAAAGCAGCCCUAUCAACGCAUCAUUACAUUUACAGCCCAACCACAAGGAAAUUGGACAACUCUAAAUGAUGGAAAUCGGUACAAACUCAUCGGGAACCCAAAGAAGGGAAACGCAUCGACCACGAUAAGCCAGCUGAGUAUGAGGGACAAUCACACUUACCUUUGUGUGGUCACAUACACAUUACAAGAAACAAUUCUGUGUCUGAUCCAGAAAGAGAGUCGGGUGCAUGUCAUACCUGCGGCUUCUGAUGAUGGAUGGUCAAUGACAGUCGCGAAUGGUGUGAGGGCAGAGGAAGGAAGAACCGCUGUCUUACCCUGCAGCUUCACCCAUCCAGACACUAAUCUCACGCUCACUGGCUCUGUGAAAUGGAUUAAAUCUGACACAGGUGUAAUCUUUAACUGUGCAUAUCCUGGUCUAGAUCAUUCCCAGGGUGAGCUAUGUGAGAAUGUGAGACAGCAGGAUGAUGGGAAUCGAUUCAGAUUUGUGGGGAACCUCAGCAAUAAUGAUGUCUCAAUAAUGAUGGAUGGACUGAGACAGGAAGAUGCUGGUUCCUAUCUGUGUCGUGUGGAGCUCAAUAUCGGCAGUUUUCAAACACGGUCUCCAACGAAUCUGGAAGUAGAAGCUUCUAAGGGAAAUGUCUCAGUGGUGACUGGGACAGAAGGAGAUUCAGUUACUUUACCCUGUAUCUUCAGGACCUGGGACUCCCACACCCUGACCACUGUUACCUGGAUGAGGAAAGAACCCUACCAACACAUUGUAACAUUUACAGCUCAGUCACAGGGAAAUUGGACAAUUGUAAAUGAUGGAAAUCGGUAUGAACUCAUUGGGAACCCAGAGGAGGGAAAUGCCUCGACCAGGAUAAAUCAGCUGAGUGUGAAUGACAAUCACACUUUCCUGUGUCUUGUUGAAUACACAUCAGAUCCUAAUUUUCAGUAUCUGAUCCAGAGAGAGACUCGGCUGCGCGUAUAUGCCCUGUCGACAUCAAUCCCACAGCAAGAUGGUGGAUUGCACACUGUAAUGGCUGAGCAAAAGAUUUCACCUGUAUUGAAGCUGCUAAAUGUCUAA